UAUAAGGCGCAUCACACCUUAACUUAGUCCUGCUCCCAUUUCAUCGCUCUUUUUCUUUCAACUGAAAAUUUCGUCAACACUUUUAAACUGUGAAUUUCGCUUCUUUUCUUGUUUUUUUUUCUGAUCCUCUCUUUCUGAUUUUGCAGCUUCAUUCAAACUGUACCUAACAUUAUAAAAACAAUUCACAUCGCUGACGUAUUAGGUUCGAUGGAUCAUAUUGGCCAGUCACUAACGGACAUGUGGUUCGGAGGGUCCGAUAUAAUUGUUUUUAAUAACGUCUACACCUGAUGGGAAAAGCAAAGCAAGACAAGUUGAUGGCAAUACCUAAGAAAAAGGGCGGUUUGUUGAGUGACAUGGAUUCAGAUGGAGAAGACAGUUGGGUUAUAGUUAAAAAGCAGGCGGUCACAAUUCUGAUACCUCCUCUACCUCAUGCUAAGAAAACCAUAGCACCAAAGGAGGGACCAACUGAGUUCGAAAGUGUGCCUAUUCAACAUGUAAGUAAUAAUUGCACCGAACAUAUUGAGACUUUGAAUACAGUGCCUUCAGUUGAUGAGCAAGAGAAGGUUACAUCAGUAGUUCCUAAUACAGGCAGUAUAAUGUCAAAAACGGUUUUAGCACAACACACGUCGGCAUCACGCUACCUACCAAGAGUAAAAGUAGAAACGGCGACAAGAAAUCCAGAUCGAUCAAAUUCUUUGAAGUCUCAUAAUGUGCUUGGGGUAUCAAACAUCUCAAAAACAAUCAAGCUACCGAGACUAUGGUAUGACCAACAACAUUUCCUUGAUGGAAGCGCGCUGCUAAAUCAGAGUCUAAGGGCAUCACUACUGGAGAAGAAACUUCAGAAAGCAGGUGGAUUGAGGAGGUGGUUAUCAUCAAUUGGGUUGGGGCAGUUUGUGAAUAUGUUUCAAGGUAACAUCAGUAAGUUUCAAUUGGUUAAUCUUACAAUGAAGAAGCUGAAAGAUAUGGGAGCAGAUGCAGUUGGCCCUCGGAGAAAGCUGAUACACGCCAUUGACUGUAUUUGCCAGCCAUAUUGUUUUGAAGCCCGCUAAAUGUUCUCGUAAUCUUGUAGCAUCUGGCAACACAGAGAUUGGAGGUGAUAUUCAUGAACUUGGGUAGAAUAUCUUUCUGGAUGCUCAAAGAGAGGUACCGGUAUGCGGCUUCUGUCGGAUGAACACCAUCCCAAAAUAAAUAUUGUGAAGAAUUUCUGCAGACCGGUGAAAUUACGUGAUCCUGGGCAUAUUGUAUCUGGAAAGGUAUAUAACCGCAGCACCCUUUCCUUGAAUCCACAAAAUCUGUAAACAGAACAGUAUAAAAUUACUAUCAGCCUCUCAUUCAUAUGGUCGAUUAUAAUUUUUUUACUAGUUUGAAGUUUGAACUUACCAUAUUUUUGUGGAUUA